AUGAUAAAAUUAAAUAAUAGUAAUAAUAAUAAUGUUAGAUUAUUUAGUUUAAUUCGUAAUUAUAAUAAUAAUAAUAAUAACAAUACUAGAACCUAUUAUAAAUCUUCAUUGGUCUCAUUAAAAAAAAAUAAUAAUUAUAACCCAACCAACAACCAAAAUAAUGAUCAUAUAAAUAAACCAUCAGUUUCAAAAGAAGAUUCUUUAUAUCAGAUAUUUCAAAAAUAUGAGUUCAAUAAUAAAGAUUUACCAAAUCAAAGUAUAUGGUUACCUUUUUUAAAAACACAAUAUUAUGACUUUAAUCCAUACCCAUCAGAUACAUUAAAAAUGUCACAAACUCAGAUUGCAACUAUUAAUUCUUUAUCAAAAUUUAAAGAUUUAUUAAAAAAAGAAUUAAGAUCAUUAAAUAAAAACAAUAAUGAUACCACAACAACAACAAAUAAUAAUAGUAAUAAUAACAAAAAUAAUAAAAAUAUUAAAGUCAAUAAAAACAACAAUAGUAACAACAACAACGACAAUAAUAAUAAUAUUAAAAUUAAAUCAUCAGAAGAUUUUUUAAAUUCAAAUUUUAAUAAAGAGUUUUUAAAUUAUUUAAAUAUAAAUUUCGAAAAUGAUGAAAAAUUUAAUAAUUCAAUGAUAUGGACUCAACAAAUUUUACCAAAUAGUUUCAAGAUCAAAAGGUUACCAGUUAGUUCUAGCAAUAUGGAUAUAGCAAAAGAAUGUUUUAAUUAUUUAUACCCAAUUUUAUCAUAUCUUCAUUAUUACUAUGGUGAUCAAUUUUAUUACUCAAUUCAAGCAUUUAAUAAUACUAAAGAGGAUCCAUUAAAUCAAGACAACGAAACAGAAAAAGAAUUUAGAAAUAAAAUUAAAAGAGUUAAAAAGUCAUUAGAGAUAUUGUUAGAGUCAACAAGAAAGAGAUUGUGGGGUCGUUCAAUAGCAGUACCAGAGAAUCAAACAAUAGGUAUUGCAUUCAAUAAUAUCAAUAAUUUAAAUGGUUUGGAUUUUUUAAAAGAUAAAGAGAAGGCAUUUUUUAUUGUACAGAUACUAUUUAGUGAGGGUAAUAGCAAUGAUAUUUAUGUAUCAGUGGCUAGAACUACCUAUAAAGAUGGUAGAGGUUGGUCCUUCCCACUUCCAUUUAAUCAGGGUGUUGUCCCCAUCGAGCGUGAUCAAAUACCACCAAGUAGAGCUUAUAAAAAAUUAAUAGAAUCAUUCGAAACAUUGGGUACCACUCCAUCACCAUCAUCAACAGUUGUAGAGUUGGGCGCUGCCCCAGGAGGUUGGACUUCAAUUUUAGAAAGACUUUAUAGCCAAGAAAACGAAAAAUUAAAAAUCUAUACCAUUGACAGAUCAAAGUUAGACUCUCAAUUUAAAACCAGCACAUCUAUCACCCAUACUUAUGGUGACGGCACCAAAUUUACACCAUCAAACAUUGGCGGAUUGGGCAACAAUACAAGAGUUGAUUGGUUAUUCAACGACAUGGCAAUUCCAGCAAGCAAGAGUUUAGAAGUAUUGGAAAAAUGGAUUAAAAAUAAAAACACAACCUAUUUCGUUUGGGCAAUUAAAUUUGAUGCUAUUGAAGAGGCUUCAACCAUGGCUAAUGACUGUCACGAGCUUAUGAAAAGAUACAAUAUAUCCUCAUACAGAAUUAAACACAUGGUGUAUCAAGGAAAUGAAAUUAUGUUAAUGGGAAAAAUCGAAUGA